AUGGAGUUCUACAACGAUGUAGGCGGGGACCCUUAUAAGCCAACUCUUUUCGAGCUAUUCGCACAGGAGCAGUUAAGGGAUCUACUCCAGCCGGCUGUGAAGUAUGUGCUCUCGGUAAGGUGCAUGUACUAUUUCCUGGAUAUCCCGUCUGUAACUGUCCAAAAGAUCUUUGCCCAAAGCUACCCUAGGUAUCUCUUACGUGUAGUCAAUCGACAUGAAGAGUUCUAUGCGCUACUCAUGCUGUUCGUUGAGCGUCAUUUCCUACGGACACACGGGGCAUCGUUUUCGGAAAACUUCUAUGGCUUGAAGCGAAGAAGACGCACAUUAUUCGAAACUGAGCGGGUACAUGCAGCUGUUCCAGGAAUCCUCCCAGGGGAGAAGUUGCGCGAUAAGGAGAUCUGGCGUUCUUUGCUCUUCCUAGUCGGACUUCCAUAUUUGCGUACGAAGGCGCAGGAGUACUACGAGGAUCUUGGUGGAGGCGUACAUUCUGAGAUCAUGGAGGAGAGCCUGGCAAAUCGUCGCGCACAAGUGCUGAGCGAAGAGUCAUUGGCAGGUCGUUUGAGACGGGCAUACAAAGUCGUAUUCCCUUGGCUGAACACGAGCUUCGAAGUCUGGCUUUUGGUACACAAUAUUGCAUAUCUCUUUGAACGAACAUCGACCUACCGACCUUGGUUGUCCUGGAUAGGUGUUGAUAUUCGUCGUGUUGGGGUUGACGACCUGCGGGAUGCACAGCAAGCAACAAGGCCAGCACUCGACAAACCUCAUGCGCGAGGUUUGUUGGCGACAAUGCGACGCCUGCUGUUUGCUUCGCCCCGACUGUUGCUUGAUUCCUUCAAUGUCAUCCUCCCUAUGGCCAUAUUUUUCGUGAAGUUCCUCGAAUGGUGGUAUUCGCCGUCAUCACCGGCACGUGCGCUGUCGACAUCGCCGCUUGGACCUGCAGUGCCGCCACCGAAGUUGGCGGCCCCACAUCCUCAAGGAAUACAGGUGGAUCGGACGGCUUUCGGGGAGUGCCCACUCUGUAGGGAAUCGUUCGCGAAUGCGACUGCGCUACCGUCGGGCUAUGUGUUCUGCUACCGAUCGGCGAUCAUGAAGGUACCCCGCCCAUCCGUGUUACCUCCUGGGUCAUUGCUCAUCUCAGUCAUUUCCCCCCAGUUUGGCAAGCAGAUCCAGGCAGAACAGGUCCCUGGCUGGUCUGCCUACUAUCUCGACUACAAGUCACUAAAGAAGAUUAUCUCCUCUUUAACCACAAACCGUUCAACACUGAGAGCUGCAAGCUUUGCGCAGAGCGUUCGUCCAGGAGAUUUACUCGCACGGGCGGCCACGUCUCUGGGACAGCUCACGUCGGGGCCGUACGAUGAGCCCCCCAUCCUUGCCAGCCUAGGUCAAGAUGAUGAUAGGGGACCCAGCUUCCAGACCCACAAAGCAACGUUUUUCUUCAGACUCGAACGCGAGUUGGAAAAGGCGAGCAAACAGAUCAAUGCGUUCUAUCUCGAGAAAGAAGCCGAACUCAAGCUGCGACUAGAAACUUUGCUCUCAAAACGGAGAGCUGCGGCUGCACUCGUUUUGCCUGAUUUGGUGGACGACGCGUACAAGAAUCAUGUCGAGUGGAGCGCAGUAGAAGAGGGAUUCCGUCUUUUGGAGCGAGAUCUCGGAAAGCUACAGCAAUUCGUCGAGAUCAACGCCACUGGAUUCCGUAAGAUUUUGAAAAAAUGGGAUAAGCGCUCCAAAUCCACCACCAAAGAACUUUAUCUCGCCCGGCAAGUUGAAGUACAGCCCGUGUUUAACAGACAGCUAAUAUCAGAGUUAUCCGACGUAGUUGCAACAUGUCUCCUCGAUUUGACAGACCUCACAGUUGGUCUCAAUUACGAAGGACAACUUGCGGAUGAGAAUAUCCUUAGUCGACAACUCGGCAUUGACCGCAACGUAAACAUGGGCGCCUUCCACGACCUCGAGAGCAACCUCCGUAGAGCAGUCUCAGAUGGAGAUAGAAAUAUCUUGCGGGAGCUAGUUCAGUACUCUGAUUCUCUUUCGCAGGCUCAGGAUGCCCGAGGACAUGUCACGCGAAUAUUGUGGAAAGCAGUGAUAGAUGCGCCACCCGACCUCGCAGAUCUCAUAUUGGCCUCAACGUCUGGUUCCUUCGACUUCAUGUUCGUGGACGAUAUUAACGGUCGAACAUGCUUGCACGAGGUUGCCAUUGUCGGUGUCCUUCGUUUGGUCAAUCUCUGCCUUGACCGUGGCGUACAUCGCAAUAAGGUCGACGUGUACGGGCGUUCCGCGCUGCAUUAUGCCGCAAUGCACGGGCAUGACACAGUGUGUAGGCGAUUGAUUGAAGUCGGCCUACCGCCAGAUAUCAUUGACGUAGACAACUGUACGCCGCUCAUUUAUGCAAUCCUUGGGGGAUGGGUCAAAUGCGUGCAAGUGCUACUGCAAGACGGCAAGGUGUCGGUCCAAAAUCGCACAUUGAGCGGAGACUUGAUACCGUUGUCAUUGGCAGCUCGUUGCGGACACAUGGACGUUGUUGUCUUGCUCCUUCAAUAUGGUGCUCCGAGUUUGCCCAAUACCAAUGGCGAAUACCCUAUACAUCUGGCGGCACAAGAAGGUCAUGCGGAUAUUUGUCGGAUCCUUACCCACCAUGAAGGUUGGGACGUUCCGGACAAGUACAAUGAAUGGACACCCCUCUUCCACGCUGCACGAUAUGGGCGUGAAAAGUCAUUACGGGCACUUGUCGACGUCGGCGCUCGGACGGAUCGUUUUGACGAACUCGGUAACUCUGCGUUGUAUUACGCUGCGUGGUAUGGGCAUCGGUCCUGCGCCAUACUCUUACUGGAAGCCGUUGCAAACAUUGCUCCUGGACAUGCCCCGAUUGCACAAAAGUCUCCGUUGACGGACACUCAGAGGUCUACGGGUACUGAAUCUGACAUCGACGUGAUACCCUCUUUGUAUCUCCCACCACCGAUGAUGCCUUACCGAGUCUAUGGUCAUAAUUACUUGGAUAAGACGUUCUUGAUUCAAGUCACCAUCGGACAUCUUACCUCAAAGUUUGGCUUUGAUCUUGCAUCUGCUGUCCACUUGCGACACCCGCUUUCCGACUCGCAAUACGAGGAUCGACAUCUUCACUCAUCAUCACUGUUGAAGCUAGUCAUGACGGCGACUCCUGCUAUAACCUCUGCUCCAUACAGCGUUCCCCUACCGAUCGGAGACAAGAAAAUUGUAUUUACUUUCCAGGUUUCGUCCGCCAAUAGUCUGUCUUUGGAAUUUUCUUUAUAUCCGAACUUCGGCACGAAGACAAUCGGACGCGCUAUUGCUCUCCCAGACUUAUUCCAAGGUAUACAGAAUAGUCAGCCGUUCGUUCUUCCCAUCCUUGAUCCACGUCUGCAUAUCAUUGGGGAGGUCUCGUUCGAAGUGAACAUCAUCUCUCCAUUUAAUGGCGUGGCUCUUAACAUUGGAGGAGCUGUUGAGACUUAUUGGAAAUCAUUGGCUACACCCGUUCCAGGCCAGAUUUCGAAAAUGGGCCCUUCGCGUUUACUGCAGUCAAGUCGCACUGUUGGUUCUGGACACCCGUCGCCCUCAAUCCCUACUGCAGCUGUCCUGGGGGGACACUCCCUAACACAUUCCUCUGUGAUUGGGAGCUAUGUCUAUAUUACCGUGCAAGUCACUCGUGAUCUGCAUCCUGUAGUAUUUCCGGAGUGGCUUCUUCCGGAACACGGGUACGAGUUGGGUGUAGCCGAUGUUACUCUUGAGGAAUUCCACGCUUUGGCUUCGCGUCUAGGUCGCAAACUAUCUUGCAUGAAAGAUUAUCCUAUCACCCAUUCGGACUGGCACAGAGUAAUAACGGACUCAAUGGUGUCAUUAGCUGAGCUGAUGCAGAUUAUCCCAACUACGAUCAGUAUAUGCGUGCAUCUAGCUUAUCCGUCGAGCAGGAUCAGACAGCGUCUCUCGCUACGGCAUCAGCUAGAUCUGAACGAUGUCACGAACGCCGUUCUACGAACAGUUUAUGACACAUCCAAUCAUGCCGGAGGCUCAUCAGGACGCCGCUCUGUAGUCUUUACGUCUUUCUCGCCUGAUGUGUGUUCGGCUCUCAACUGGAAACAGCCAAACUAUCCUGUCUUCUUUGCAUCGCAAUGCGGCGAGAAGAGCCGUGCACAGCCUAGCCCGGCCGCGUUAGGCGUUGAUGACGUGCAUGAUUACAGAUUCGCAAGUCUUGACGCUGCAGUGGAAUUUUCACGGUCGAAUAAUCUGUUGGGGCUGCUGUUAGAUGCUGGUCUUCUGGCCCAAGCACCUUCCUUGAUUCAGGGUGUGAAAGACCUUGGUUUGCUAGUCGGCACUUACGGGUCCUCGGAAGAUUUGGGCAAGCUGCCCACCUCAUCCGGGACAGAUCCCCACGGAAUAGAUGCAGCUUUGCUAGAUGGAGUUUUGACAUAUUUUGAUUUCUUCAAGCGUACGUAA